AUGGCGGACCGAAUGUCUGACUUUGAGCUAAAUCAUGUUCCUUGUGAAGCCAAAGAUUUUAACACUGCAAGGUGUCGGGUUGCACCACAAAUAAUUGAAAAGAUUGGCGGAAUAAUUAAUACUCCAGUUCGAAUAGCGACAGACUCUGGAUUUGUCUUCUGUACCCUGUGGCCAAGACGUGAUGGACAAGACAAGAUCGUUCAAAUUGAUGGGCUCGUAACCUUGCCAAACAGCAAGAAAACGAACGUAAAAAAGGGCAUUUUUUGUACGAAGAAAAUAUCUUCUAAAGACAUUAUCAUAACCAAGCCCGCUGAUGCAGAAACUAUUGUUGUAUCUUUGUUUUUGUCAAGCUCCAGUUCUAAUGAAUGUUUUCACGGUCUGAAUCAGAGUGCCAGAGAAUUGAAGGAGGAAAGAAUGGUCCGGAGUAUUUUAAGAGGCUGCGUAAUAAUGCAUGGCUGUGUUGUUCAACCAAAGGAAUGUCGAAACGGUCAAAGACCCAAAAGAAUUGCUAAGAUUUUGAUUGUAUCUACAAAACCGUCAACCCAGUCUUUGGAAGAUCAACCAAUUAAAGUAACUGAUAAAACAGAGAUUAAUGUUAAGUCGGUUAGAUCAGGCCAAAUCCUUGAAGAUGACAAUAAUCAAAUUUUGGCUGGCCUGGAUGAUGUCGCAAGAGAACUUCAAGAGCUUUUAAGUUAUCCCUUUUUAUACCCUGGAGCGUUUGCCCAAUUAGGACUUGAAUGCCCUAAGGGAAUUUUACUUCAAGGGGUUCCAGGUGUUGGAAAGACACUCCUUGUCAAGAGUGUCACAUUGCAGUGUAAUGUACAGUUGAUAACACUCAAUGGAACUGAUGUGUUCGGGCCACAUCCUGGGGAGAGCGAAGAAAAUUUGAGAAAAAUGUUUGAGACUGCGAGGUGAGGUAAACUGCCAACAAUGUACAGAACACCAAGGGCUUAUCACAUUGCAAUGUUACUACCAUAGUUAGUAGAGAAGACUGGUUUGGAAAGCCGGCAAAGAUCAAAGUUAAAAACAAUGGUGCUGUAGGUUUUGUUGGAAGCUCCCUGACUGUGCACAAUCCUUUGUUUUUUGUUCACAAAAUGUGGCUGAAUAAAUUAGUGCAAUGUUUCUAUUGGUCAGUAAGUUCAAAGUGAUAGGAAUUCUAUUGAACGUUGUGCACAGUCAGGUCCAAAAAAGCUAACAAAAACAUAUAACAAAGGGUUUCCCAGCCAUUCCACUUUAAUUAACUAUGGUUACCACCCACCUUCAGCUCAUGGUUCCACUUGAGUUUUAAUACCAUUUCUAUGUUCUAUAAGAGUACAAAGAAAGGAAAACUGUUUGAAGUCUGCCUUAAUUCCUUGGAAAAUUUUGUAGGCUAAGGAAGGAGUCUAGGUAUGGGUAGUGCCUCUGAUUGGUUAAAGAUUAGCUUCUUUCAAUCAGGAGCACUACCUUGAUAUGACACAUCAUCAGCGUGGGAUUUUUGCACUUGUUCCGCUGACGUCAUUUCAUAGGAAACCAGUGGUGGCGUCAUGAAAUGUCAGCCAUUUUCUGUGGCUAGAUUCUUGUUAGAUGAAAAGUGUUAACCCUUUAGGUCCCCAAGAGUUACCACCUUCAAUUUUCUCCUAACAACAUUAGCAUAUCAUCAAGAGUAAAGGUUAUGAGAAUUACUUAAUUGAUUACCAAAGAGAGAAUACUUUGAUCUUAAACCAAAUUCUCCCAACUAUUCUUAAAAGAAAUGUAUGAAAAUAAGUCUGGAGAAUUUGUAUGUGGAUCUUGGGACUUAAAGCAUUCAAUGUAUUUGAGAUUCCUGGAACGUUUCCUUUUCUUUAGGAAUGCUUCACAACGUGGUCCAUGUGUCUUAUUUAUCGAUGAACUUGAUGCUCUGUGUCCUAAGAGAGGAAGCAGUGUUGAUGAGCAAGAAAACAGAAUUGUUGCACAGCUUCUGACUCUCCUUGAUGGUUUGGAAUCCAGAGGUCAGCUUGUCAUUAUAGGAGCAACAAAUCGACCAAAUGCUAUUGAUCCUGCUCUUAGGAGACCUGGCAGGCUUGAUAGAGAGGUCAGAAUAAAGAAGUUAUUUAGCUUAACAGUACUAGUGUUGAGAAUUGGCUGAAAUUUUAGAAUUGAUUGUCUUAAAGUAAAUAAUUUAAAUGACCCGACCAAUCAAUCAUUUAUUAUAAUAAUAAAAAAAUUCUUAACUAUAAGAAUUCCAUUCAUUUUUCCUUCAUGUUCCAUUCAAACCACUGUCUCACACGAAACGUGUCUGAAAUUUCAUGAAAUUUUAAAUGAAAACUGUCAGGCAAUGCUAUCCUUUGGAGCUCUUUGUUUGUCAUGCAAAACUUGUUGUUCUGACUGUUUUCUGAUUUUUUGAAUGUUAAUAAUUUAUAGGUUAUUAUUGGAGUUCCAAAUGCUCUCCAGAGGCUUUCCAUUUUAGAAGCACACACUGCUUCCCUGAAGAUAGCUCAAGGAGUCGAUCUGGCUCACAUUGCCGAACUGACUAUUGGAUAUGUGGGUGCUGAUAUAGCUUCUUUGUGCAGGGAAGCAGCAUUUAUUUCUCUAAAAAGGACUUUAGGUUGCAGUUACAACAAAGGGCUGGACAUUUCAAGUGAAUGGGCAAAUGUGGAAGGUAACUAGAAAAUUGUUUGUAUAGGUAAUAGCAUGAUUUGAAGUGAUAUUUGGCAUAAAUGCCACGAGUGAUAUUUUGAAAUUGUUAUACAUAAUUUCACGAGCUGUUAGGCGAGUGAAAUUUGACACAAUUAUGAAAUAUCACAAGUGGUAUUUAUGCCAAAUAUCACAUACAAAUUGUGUUAUUAUUUGUUUAUACUACUACCCACCAAAGAUUUGUAAUUUUCACAUGUAUUUUUAAAUUAAGCUGAAAUACCACUGCUCUAAGCCAAUCAAAUUGCAGAAAUUUCUCAAUGUAGUAGCUCUGCUGCCAAAAAUUUUCCCCAAACUCAAACAAGUGAGCCUGCCAGCAGGCUAGGCUGUUACAUGUGACAAACUCUUGCAUUUUGUAAUGGCAAGAAUAAUGAAAUGGCUCAACAACAAAUUAUUGACAAGUAAAACACUUGUUAAUUUAUUUCCUUGAUUUUGUCCAGUUUUUACCAGGGGCAAAUUUUAUGCCCGGUGCCUUUGAGGGUUGUCCUGUCCCAGACAAAGUUUGAAAAUUUGCGACAAACCAUCUGCAUUUUUCAAGCGUUGAUGGUGACCGAAAAUUUGCUAGUGCAGAUAGACCCCGAGCCAAACUGAGUAAACUUUGAAAUAAUAAAUUGUAACAAUGAAGGCAUAUAAUAUAUUUUUAAUUUAAUUUAAUUUAAUUUUUUAUUUUUAUUAUUUUGCCACACAGAAUAAGUAAAUCAUUAAUAAAUCAAUAUUCACUCAAGUAAAUCAUUGCAUUGUUCCAUAUGCCCAAAUGCCCAGUUUCCAAUUACCAAUGACUAUUUACCAAAGCAACCUUUUUUGAUUUAGCUGUAUACAUGUAUUGGGAUUUUUGAAAACUGCCCUGUCCAUCCUGUCCAUUUCUUAAAGUUUGUCUGUGUUGUUGCUGUGUGUUGCACAUGCAAAGUUGUUGUUUUGCCAAUCUCAACCUAAUGCUUUUUUGACAUAAUUUCUCGUUGACGUCGCCAUCGCCAUUGCUUAACUGCUUCCUGUCUUACCGGUAUCAUUACUUAAUUGAUUAAGCCAUUGUUAGUCUUUUCAUGGUCAAUGGCCUAUCCUGCUGGUGUUUGGCCAUUAGGAAGUUUAAGGCAUAAAUAUUGCCUGUGCAGGGCCUGAUUAAACUACUUAACAGUUAUUCCAUAGCCCAUGAGGCUGAAGACCAAAUGGGCUAUUGACUCAGAGGCCAUGAGGGCGAGAGGAAAUAAUUUAUUGUUUUAGUAAAAUCCAACUGGUUGGUCAAAAGUAUCAAGACUAAACAACUUUAGCUAGCCAAAUACGAUUCAGCUGCCCUUGUUUUGGUUUUCAAAGCCAGCGCUUUUCGCUACUAGUGGGCUAUAACAUAUAGCCUAGUAGUCGCUCAACCAAUCAAAACGCAGCAUUGAUAAUAGACCACUAGUUGGAUUUUACUGAUGUCUGAUAGCCUGGGGCUACUGGAGCCCCAAGUUAAGGGGGCACUCCGGAUUUCAAGUGACGGGGAUGAUCGAAAGGACAAAAAUCAAAACCCAAAAACUUCCGUAGGGCUUCCAACAAAACCCCACAAAUCCCUGGACCAAAAAUUAACCUCCCACAAAUCCCAUGUCAGAUUUUAAAGCGUUAAACAUUUCACUACCAUGAAUCUUCAGAUUGUUUUGAAUACCCAAAAAAAUCUCUUCUUAAAUCAAGCCAUCUCCAAAAAAAUACUUGCCAAAUUUUUCUUCCAAAAAAAAAAACCCUAAAUGGAAAAUAUCAAACCCCCCCAAAAACUUUGAUCAUCUCCAUCACUUGAAAUCUGUGGUACCCCCCUGGGAUUGGAGUGUCCUGUCAGCUGACCAGCAUAUUGUUACUAAAAAAUGCCUGGUGUUCAACCAACAUUCGCUGAGAAAAGGAAAUGUUAUUGAGAAAGGGGAUUUCAGGUAGGCCAGCUGCUUGUCAUACUGCUCCAGGCUAAAAAAAUUCAGCAUCAGCGAUCUUUUUUUAAUUUCAUCUCACCCUGCUGUUAGCAAUAAAUUUAUACAGAACAGUCUGAAAAAGAUCUAGCCUCCCCGCAGACGUCCUUUGGGGUUCGUUUGUCACGCAUUCGUUUCUCCCCCACUGUCCAUGGGGGAGAAAUGAAUGCGUGACAAACGAACCCCCAAAUUAAAGGACGUCUGCGGGGAGGUUAAAAAAGGUCAUGAUUUUAUAGAAAUCUACUGAGAGUGACUCCUCCUUUCUUGUUAGAAGACAGAGCUGAGGUAACCAUGGCUGAUUUUCAGCUAGCCCUGUGCCAUAUUGUUCCUUCUACAUAUCGUGGCUUGGAGGGAAUGGUUGAGUUGCGCCCUGUUAACUGGGAUGACAUUGGUGGGCUGCAAGAUGUUAAACUAGCCCUCAAACAGGUGAAACGUUCUCAGAUGCAAGAUAAUACCGUAAACUGCAGCUUAUAGGCUCCCCCACUUAUAAGCCCCCCAGUUAUGGGCCCAAUAUCCACCUGUAAAACAGUAAUACGUCAGAUUAUAAGCCACCUGGGAUAUAAGCCCCCUCUGCCUUGUUUUGAAAUGAAUUUGAUUGUUAUUGAGUUCUAAAGCUUAAUUAAAAGCCAGUAAAUGUUCUACUAUACAUGUUUGUACAUCUAGAUUGUUUUGAAGCGCUUUUCCUAUUCUAGUUACAAGUGUCUUCAGAUGUAAGCCCCUCUGUUUACAAGGCCUUGUAAAACCCGUUACAAAGACGUAUAGGUACUAGAAAUAGAAUAAUAUUUUAAGUGGGGUGUGAAAAGGUUUUCCAGCGCAUUCUUUCAAGAAGUAAAUUUCUUUUAAUAAUUCCUGCAAAAUGCAUUUAUGCUUUGCAAAAGACAUCUUUUCUUUUGUGUCUUUGUAGAAAAGUCCCAAACUUUGUCUUGCAUUUCAUGAACUCAAGGUAUUAUGCAGUCAGGGUGACUGAUGUUUCUAUUUACAGGCAAUUGAAUGGCCAUUAAAGCAUCCAGAAUCCUUUGCACGCCUGGGUCUUAGUCGCCCUAGAGGUGUUCUACUGUAUGGCCCACCAGGGUGCUGUAAAACCACACUUGUACGUGCAGCAGCAACAUCUUGUCAGUGUACCUUCAUGGCCCUCAGCUGUGCACAGCUGUACUCACCUUUUGUUGGAGAUGCAGAGAGGAAAUUAAGAGAGGUGAGUUAAAAGUAGACUUUCCUAAGUCCCAUUAGUGAUCAACAUCAAUUUCUCCUGACAAUAUCUUUUCAUUGUCAAUAGAAAUGGUUUUGAGAAUUGGUAAAAUGAUCACUAAAGAGAAAAUGCUUUGAUCUUUUACAGCGUAACCUCGAUUUAUCGAACCUUUAUAUAACGAAGUCCUUGACGUAACAAAGGAUUUGAACAGAACCUCGAUAUACUGAACCUUGAUUUAACAAAAUCCUCAUUAUAACGAGCACAAUCCAGAAAUGCAAACAAAGAAUAUACCUCGAUAUAACAAAUAUGUAUCAACAUGUGAGCAAAAGAUAGCUAAAGAUGAAUGCGAAACAGACUAACGAGGAUAGAAUUUAUGUAUAGAGUAGUUUCAAGCAGUUUCGUUUGCUUGUUCUUGUAUUUCUUGUAUAUUUGUGGCAUAGCUAUGUACAGCUCUGAACUGAGACAAAAGCUUCGUAUUCAAAUGUUUAUUACAGAAAUUGUUCAGAUCCAAAAAUGCCGGGUGUUGGAAAUUAAUCAUUAAUUGCACCUAUAUAUAACAAAGAUUUUGCUUGUUUUCCAAAAAUUUGUUAAACUGAGGUUUUUGAUGUAAUGAACCCUAGAUAUAACGAACAAAUAUCCUUAAGAGUCCCUUGGCACUUUGUUAAAUUGAGGUUCCAAAGUAUCAAACUCUCUCAGCAAUUCUUUAAGGAAAUGUAUGAAGAUCAGUCGGGAGAAUUUAUAUGUGGAUCAGUAGUGGGGCUUAAGGAGUUAAUUUUUUAAUCUGACUCAACUAUCCCUCUUCUGUUUGGUUUUCUACCUGAACUGAACUGUGCCAGGAAGUUAAGAGACAACUGGGCUCAGUUCAUGCUAGCCAGUGCACAGGUAUCCCAAGUGAUGUAUUGUAUAACUUGUGAUGGUACUACCCUCCUUUGCAACAACUGAAUAUAAAACUGUGAAAGGUUUGAACACGGGAGUCAUUUCAAAAGUAGGUGGAGUUUGAUCGUCCAGGGAAACGUAGUCCUGAAUAGGACUGUUGUUGUUGACAGUCAUUGUCAACAACAACAGUCCUAGUCAGGACUACUUUCACCGGGACGAUCAAACUCAACCUACUUUUGAACUGAAUAUAGUUGUAGAUAUUAUGCAUGCUCUACCACUAAACUACUACUGAAAAUGGAACAGGAGACAGCAUAGCUAAGCAGCUAGAGCACUGCGUUUGUAAUCUGAAGGUCCCAAUUUCAAGCCCUGCGCUGACUACCUGCUGGAUUUGCACUGUGUAGUCUCAAGUUCAAAUCCGCAGUCACACUUGUAAAAGAACCAACUGCUUUGCCUCUUGAAAGUUUGGAUUCUCAAUCCUGAUAAUAUGUCUACUUGAAUUAUUGGUUUCAGUUGUUUGCACUGCCCCUCCAGGAAUCAUCAUCAUCAUUAUCAUCAUUUUUAGUUAUUAUCAUUAUUAUCAAAAUUAAUAUUUCUGAAAUGUGUUUGUAUUGUUUCAGGUUUUUACGAAGGCUCGAGCUGCUGCUCCUUCAGUGCUGUUCCUGGACGAGCUGGAUGCCAUCGUGGGCAAACGGUCAGGAAACAGUAGUACUGGGGUCGAGAGCCGACUGCUUUCCACUCUGUUGAAUGAAAUGGAUGGGGUUGGUGUGUUGGCAAACAUCUACCAAUCAGGGGAAAGGAACUCUUGUAACCAUGGUAAUGAACAGUUGAUGAGAAGGGACUGCGAGUCAGGUCACCUUGGAAAUGAGCCUUUUUCGAUUAAAACACAAAGGCUUAAACUUAUCAGCUCUUCAGCUGUAAAAGACGUUCUUAUUGUGGCCGCCACCAACCGUCCAGAUGCUAUUGAUGAGGCCCUUCUCAGGCCGGGCCGAAUUGAUCGCAUCAUUUAUGUGCCACCACCAGACAUUGAGGCCAGGUUACAAAUUCUUAGAGUGCAUACUCGUGCUAUUCCUUUAGCGGAGGAUGUUGAUUUAGAGGAGCUGGGGCUCAGUACUGAGCUGUUCUCUGGCGCGGAUAUUGAGAACUUGUGCAGAGAGGUAAGGGAGGUUAACUACGUCCAGUCCCAAAAAAUUCAAGGUAAAAUUGGCGUAAUUGUAUUAACAAUUAUUGAAGAAGGAGAAUGGUAUCAGAAAAUCAAUUAAACACAAGAUAAGGUAGUUUCUACGAAGUAUUCUAUCAUCCAUUUGUAGUUUAACUAGAUUAAUUUUAAGAACAGAUUUUUAUUGAGUGUUUAGGCCACUAGAAUGUAACAAAAGAUAUGUCCUUUUAUCUUUUGGCAAUAACGAUUAUCGUUUAUUAUUUAUUUAUUCAGUUGUUUCGUCUUGGGAUAGCUGUGAACGCCAUUUUUUUUAGUUUACUGUUUAUUGACCAAGCAACCUCGCUUCCAGGCAAAUGUACCAUCAAAUUGAAGGUAUAUUGCUCGUCUCCUCCUAAUUUGGUCAACGCCUACUGGUUAUGAAAAAUUAGCUGGGAGAUUUGAGCCAAUCAGAAACGGCGAAAUUUUUAGAAUGAACAAUAAAAGAGUUUAUUAGGUCCCCCUUCCUCCUCCUCUCCGCGUUUUCACGUAUUCAUGUCAGUCAAAAGAAGAUAAGCUCUGAUUUAUGCGUAAUAUUAUUAUGGUUAUUUUUCAGUCAGCGCUGUACGCGUUAGAAGAAGGAGGCAUGACAGUGAGUAAAGUUGAACGCAAGCAUUUCAUGGCUGCUUUAUCCACAGUCAAACCGUCCCUGACAACAACUCAACUCAAAGAAUGUCAGAUGGCACCUCGGUAA